AUGAGGUCCCCUUCAAAUGGAAACCUCUCUGCAUGCCUCCUGGGAUGUGAUGCCUCUAUUCUUAUAGACUCCACGGAGGGAAGUAAAUCAGAAAAGGACGCAAAGGAUAGCUUCUUCCUUUGGGGAUUCAAUUUCAUCGAUGAUGUCAAGGAAAUCCUGGAAGUUGAAUGCCCUUCUAUCGUCUCGUGUGCUGAUAUCAUUGCACGUACUGUAAGAGACGUGGUGGCUCUAGUAGGAGGACCUAAGUAUAAGGUCCCCACGGGGGGGCGCGAUGGCUUGGUUUCAAAUAUUGAUGAAGUGGAUGGCAUGUCCUUCGGUUUUGACAAUUCAUUCUACAAGCAGCUUCUUCUCGGGAAGGGUAUAUUGAAACUGGAUCAAUGCCUUGUUUUUGAUAACUCCAUGAGAGCUCUCGUUUACAAGUAUGCGGUGAACAAUGAGGUGUUUCUGCAGAGUUUUGCAAAAGCGAUAGUGAAGAUGGGAAGCAUCAGUGUUCUGACCGGAGAUGAAGGGGAGAUUCGAAAGAAUUGUAGGGCUUUUAAUCAUCCCAGGUAG